AUGUAUUCUCACGAACCACUUCAAGAUGGCACACCUGAUCGCAAGCCUCAAUUUGAUUCGGAUGUCCGAAACAAGCUCGAUCCUCUCCGCGCCAAGUUACCAUCUGGAUGGAAGCUUAGUCUGACCAUGGGCGCGUCCCUUUCGCUUGCAGUCCUAUUACUGAACCUCUCUGUAACUAUAUGCGAACCCAUGGAAAUCGAAACGAGCGACCUCAGGGUCCUGCACUCAGGGUCAUGCAAUACGAACAGUAUCCUCAAUACUGCCAUCCAUCUGUGCAUCAACAUUUUCAGCUCUAUUCUCUUAGCCGCUAGCAACUAUUGCAUGCAAUGUUUGAUUGCCCCGACCCGCGGUGAUAUCCAAACAUUCCACUCACGAGGGAGGUGGCUGGACAUUGGAGUCCCCAGCAUUCACAAUGUGGCUAAAAUACCCAAGAAGAGAGGGAUUCUCUGGUGCCUUCUCGUGAUAUCAUCAGUUCCACUUCAUAUACUAUACAACUCUGCCAUCUUCACGUCGAUUUCAACUUACGACUACGAAGUUUUCACGUUCCAAGAUACCUCCAACGGCACAAUGUCAAUAUUCUCUCGACCUUUUGCCGAGAUUGAAAGAAGUGCAAAGUACAAAGAGUUUGCGCCGGAGGGUGAAGGGUUCCGCCUCGCAGAGGUUUGGGAACUCGGCAGAGCUGGAAAGCUCGAGAGAUUGUCGAAUGUCGACUGCAUGAGCGCGUAUGCCACGGCCUUUCAAGCGAAGCGAAGCGAUGUCUUGCUCCUUACAGAGCCGGGCCCCUAUCCGGAACUUCAAGACAUACCCGUGUCACAAUCAUCUUCUACCUUGUCAAGGGGCGGCGAUUGGUGCGUGGUGGAGAUUUACGAAUGGAUCUGCAGCCCGAACAUGGAUACUUGCACCAAAUCUUGUCGCAGUAUGUUGCCCGACAUGAAAAAGAACGCCGACGAGUGGAGUCCAUUUGGUGGACUUCGAGUAAAAUACUGCCUUAGCAGGCGGGAACCCGAGGAGUGUCAACUUCACUUCAACACGACCAUCAUGGCAUUUAUUAUCGUCGCGAACGCCAUCAAAGUUUGCGUCAUGCUAUAUACUGCAUUUUUUCCGCCACGCGAGAUAAUCUUGGUCUUGGGGGACGCUAUCGAAUCGUUCCUGACUUCUCCUGACGAGUUUACUGCCCGUAGCUGCCUAGUAUCAGCGAAGGACGUAAAGAGAUCCCGAAAGCACUGGCAUGGCCCUCGUCGGUGGUCUUCAGUACGGCAGCGGUGGGCAUCGGCCGUGAGUCGUCGUCGCUGGAUAGCGAGUGUAUCCCUAUUCUCGGUUCUCCUCGGAAUUGGGAUAUUUCUUUUCGUACGAGGCCUUAUGCAGCUUGCUGGUCCUCAUGACCUUAGAGCCAUAUGGGAAUUAGGCUUCGGAGCUGUGUCGGAGACAGCAGUUGUGUGCAACGCGCUAUUCACUGCCAUGUUGGCUGCGAAGGAAUGGAGCGACUUUGGCUGGAAACGACGCGGGGUGCGAGUGUCCUCGAACCCGAAAGGGGAACAACGAUCUCGCUAUUUCCUCCAACUGCCAUACCGCUGGGGUAUACCCCUGCUUAUUGCAUCCAUUUUAAUCCAUUGGCUGCUGUCACAAAGCAUCUUUCUUAUUGCCGCCGGGACGCCAGACGACUACCUGUAUGUUCGAUGCGGUUUUUCUCUUGCUCCCAUGAUAUUUAUCAUAGGGACAUCAAUCAUUAUGGCUAGCGCUCUGGGAGUUACUGGUUUCCGUCGUCUCCCAACUGCUAUGCCGGUGGUUGGGAGCUGCAGCCUAGCAAUUGCAGCAGCUUGUCACUAUAGCGAUGAUAUUGCACGACCGGAGGAGUCACUGGCCAGUUUGAAAUGGGGUGUGACAAAGGGGCAUUACGGAGACGGAGAUGACACACUCGGACAUUGUGGAUUUUCGAGCAAUUACGUUGAAAAUCCCGAGGAUGGUGUUGAAUAUUCCUGA